CCGGCCGCUGCUGAGGCCAUGCUCCGGCUGCGCCUGCUGACCUGGGAUGUGAAGGACACUCUGCUGCGGCUGCGGCAGCCCGUGGGCCAGAGCUACGCGGCCGAGGCGCGGGCCCAGGGCCUGCAGGUGCAGCCCGAGGCUCUGGGGCGCUCCUUCCGUCAGGCGUACGGGGCCCAGAGCCGGCGCUUCCCCAACUACGGCCGCGGCCAGGGGCUCAGCUCCCGGCAGUGGUGGCUGGACGUGGUCAAACAGAGCUUCAGGCUCUCGGGCGUGCAGGACGAGGCAGCCCUGAGGAAGCUGGCGGAAAAGCUCUACCGCGAUUACUGCAGCCCCCACACCUGGGAGCUGCUGCCCGGGGCCGCCGAGACCCUGAGCCGGUGUCGCCAGCUCGGCUUCUGCAUGGGAGUCGUCUCCAACUUCGACAGCCGGCUGGAAGCCAUCCUCUCGCAGUGCAAGCUGCGGCAGCACUUCCAGUUCGUGCUCACCUCCGAGGCCGCGGGUUUCGCCAAGCCGGACCGGAGGAUCUUCGAGCAGGCGCUGCGGCUCGGCGGGGCCCGGCCCGAGCAGGCGGCUCACAUCGGGGAUGAUUACAGCCGGGACUACCGGGCAGCCCGGGCUGCGGGCAUGCACAGCUUCCUGCUGAGGGCUGCCGAGCACGGCCAGGGGCCGCGGGUGCCCCCCGAGCACCUCCUGCCCACGCUCGGCCACCUCCUGGCUCGCAUCGAGAAGGAGUAGCUGCGGUUCGGAGCUGCUCCUGAGUGCUCAGCUGGCCUGACCUGCCAUUUCUUGCUGCCUGGUGGGCAGGGAACAGCAGCAAGUCCAAGCUGCCUAUGGAGCAGGAGGAAUGUUCAUGCAAUAAAACAUUUCUGAUGCCCAGCAGUGGAGCAGAUGUGUUUCAUUGCUCUAAAAACACCACAGAAGGUCAGCUGUGGUGUCUUCCCGUAACAGGGCUGGGAUGGGGUCACUCCAUCGGCUCAUUCUGGUAGGAGAUGGAGGCAGAUACUGAGGUUUAUCCCUUCUCAGUCACCCGGGGAUAGGCUCAAGCAUCCCCCAGAGCAAGUGAUGGCCCCGUCCCAGGGAAGGUUUGCCCACACAGAAGCCCUGCCCGGGCCCUGCAGCCCCGGUGUACCCCAGCUGUGCCACCUCACCAACAUGCCCCCCUUCCCAACAGUGGCAGGCAGGCAGGAGGUGCCUGCAGGUCUCCAGCUGUGGGCAAAACAGUCUGGAACUGGGCAAUUUCACUUAAUGAAUUGCCAAUUAACAAACUUGACCGAUUUGGGUAGUGAGAAAUAAAGAUGACCCUUGAAAGAUGA